CAUUGACCCAAUUCUGUUCUAUUUUAUUGCCCUUUUUUCCACCAGGGAUAAAAUUUUCAGCAUCUUCAUCAAGGUUUCGCCUUUUUUAGGGUUGGAUUCGUAUCUCGAUUUUCUCAACUUGUCUCUGCUGAUUCUCAAUAGGGUUUGGAUUUUUUCCCUCAAGAGUUUCGGUCAUGCUUUCGGAGGAUAUUUUCAAACUCGCACUUCUUUGGGGUUGAUUUGUGCAUUAAAUUGGUGCGGCAUUUGCUCGAAUUUGUCACAUACAAAUUGAACAAGCUGGCAUGCUGCAAUUAAGUGGAGUGCUUGGAGGUUAUUCUCACGGUGACAAUCUAAUUUGAGGUUGAAUGUUCAGUCCGAGCAUGGAUUCUGCAAGGGACACAGGAGGUGUUGCAGGCACGGUGCUAAUCCCGAUGCGUUUUGUGUGGCCAUAUGGGGGAAGAAGUGUCUAUCUCAGUGGUUCUUUUACACGGUGGUCUGAGCUUCUACCAAUGUCGCCCGUCGAGGGUUGUCCAACUGUAUUUCAAGUUAUAUAUAGCUUGACCCCCGGUUACCAUCAGUACAAGUUUUUUGUUGAUGGGGCAUGGCGACAUGAUGAACAUCAACCUUAUGUACCUGGAGAAUAUGGGAUGGUUAACACUGUUUUGUUGGCUACUGAUCCUAAUUACAUGCCUGUUGUAACACCAGACCUAACUUCUGGAUCAAACAUGGAUGUGGAUAAUGAUGCUUUUCGACGUGUGGUCCGCUUGACAGACGGGACAUUGACAGAAGUAUUGCCAAGAAUAUCUGAUGCUGAUGUCCAGAUAUCCCGUCAGCGCAUUACUGCAUUCUUGACCAUGCACACAGCUUAUGAAUUACUUCCUGAGUCAGGCAAGGUUGUUGCUUUGGACAUUGAUCUGCCAGUGAAACAAGCAUUUCACAUUUUGCAUGAGCAGGGAAUCCCUAUGGCUCCUCUUUGGGACUUCAGCAAAGGGCUGUUUGUUGGUGUUCUCAGUGCUAUGGAUUUUAUUUUAAUUUUGAGAGAGCUUGGAAAUCAUGGUUCCAAUCUGACAGAAGAGGAACUUGAAACACAUACCAUAUCUGCUUGGAAAGAAGGAAAAUCAUAUCUUAGUAGACAAAACAAUGGACCAGGAACAGCAUUUUCAAGACGUUUUGUUAGUGCUGGGCCGUAUGAUAAUUUAAAGGAUAUUUCCUUGAAGAUCCUGCAAAAUGGAGUUUCGACUGUUCCUAUUAUCCAUUCAUCUUCUGAAGAUGGUUCAUUUCCACAGUUAUUACACCUUGCUUCGCUUUCUGGAAUACUUAAAUGCAUUUGCAGGUAUUUCAGGCAUUGUACCAAUACAUUGCCUAUUCUUCAACUACCCAUUUGUGCAAUUCCAGUGGGCACAUGGGUGCCCAAAAUUGGGGAGUCAAAUCGGCAGCCCUUGGCAAUGUUGAGACCAAGUGCUUCUCUUGCUUCAGCCCUAAAUUUGUUGGUUCAAGCACAAGUAAGUUCAAUACCAAUAGUCGAUGAUAAUGACUCAUUAUUGGAUAUAUAUUGUCGGAGUGAUAUAACAGCUUUGGCAAAGGACAGAGCUUAUACACAUAUUAAGCUUGAUGAAAUGACCGUUCAUCAGGCGUUGCAAUUGGGUCAGGAUUCUUACCAGCCUUAUGAACUGAGAAGUCAAAGAUGUCAAAUGUGCUUGCGAUCUGAUUCUCUGCAUAAAGUGAUGGAACGGCUGGCUAAUCCAGGUGUCAGGCGGCUAGUCAUCGUGGAAGCCGGUAGCAAGCGUGUAGAGGGCAUUGUUUCACUGACUGACGUAGUCAAAUUCUUGCUUGGUUAGUUUGGGUCUGAAGAAUCGCAGUAGCUUGCCCAGUGGUUAUGACGCGUCUGCUUAUAUUUGUUAGGCAGCACCACCUGCCCAGCCAUUGCAAUGCUUUUUACAGGGUGAUUUGAUCUCAUUUCAUUGAAAAUACAAUUUGAUUGGCCUCUUGCUUUAUUGCCUCCUUUCAAGAUUUUAGGCUAGAGAGAGAGAGAGAGAGAGAGGCCUGUAAAUUGAGAGUAUUUGAUUGUCCUAAAUUUAUUCAUCUCCCCUCCAUUCUUAUUAUCUUCAAAUAUGUUGUGCCAUCUGAUAUAGAUACGUGCUGAUGUAGUAGGGAGCACCAAGAUCUGUGUAAUCUUUCUGUGCUGUGCUGUGAAGAUACUAAGUUUGGAAAAGAAAAAAGAAACAAGGAAAAAAAAUUGAUGGGAGGACAAAUAUUGAACUAAUGUUGUGUCAUGAUAUUGACUUGUCA